UGAGGUGGUGACACGAUUUGUAGAAGGGACUCUGGGCCAUGGCACUCAGGAGAGUAGGAAGGACAUGGGAGAUAUUAGGGGUCAUCAUGAAAUCUCCAAAGGCAGGGCCCUGUGAAACCAAGUGCCAGCCCCACCCAGAUGCUUAUCAGACUUGCAGUGACAUCUGCAAUGUUCCUGACAUUCUUUGCAAUAAUCUCCUUAGUUUCAACACAUGUAGUCAAAUUGUUGCUUACAGCAUGAUACCAAUCCAUUCGUGUCUUUGAUUAGUCAUCCCCCAAGGCAAACUAUAUUUAAAUUAAAGAAACCUGCUAGAAUAGAAAGUGCCCCACCUUAAGAAGAUGCUUCAUUUGACUGGUCUUCAUUUCUUGGCUGGUAACUUCCUCUUUUCACCACACCUACUGUUACUGGCGGAAAAAAAGCAAGCAGACUGCUGUCAGAGCCAGCAGACACAUGCCAGAGAAAUUGUGGGAUCCUUCAAAUCUCUUACUCCUAGAAGUUUCAUGUGGAAGUCCAUAUGCUGAGGCUGUGUGUUGUGUUCAUCUGCCUUUUGUAUGGGGUGAAAACAGAUCCUCAGGAGGCAUGUCCUGCAUUCACAGCCCUCAGCUUUGGGAAUGCUUUGAUAGGGACAGAUCUGAAAGUGAAGCUGCUGCUCUACACCCGCCAGAACCCAACCUGUGCUGAGGAGCUCCACUCAAGAGCCUCCAAGUACCUCAAUGUGACCAAGAAAACGACCUUCAUCAUCCACGGGUACCGACUCACGGGCUCUGCCCCGGUCUGGAUCCCUGACCUGGUGCAUCUCCUGCUUUCUGUAGAGGACAUGAAUGUCAUCGUUGUGGACUGGAACCAUGGGGCAACGACUCUCAUCUACAGCUAUGCUUCUAGGAAGUGCAAAAGAGUUGCUGAGAUUCUGAAGAAACUUAUAGAUGAAAUGUUGAUUGAUGGAGCUUCCCUUGACUCCAUACACAUGAUAGGAGUGAGCCUGGGAGCGCACAUCUCUGGCUUUGUGGGACAGAUGUUUGAUGGCGCUCUGGGAAGAAUCACAGGCCUUGACCCCGCGGGCCCCCUGUACAGGGGGAUGGCGCUGAGCGAGAGGCUGGACCCCACGGACGCACAGUUCGUCGAUGUCAUUCACUCCGACACUGACGGACUGGGUUACGGAGAAGCACUGGGCCAUAUCGACUUCUAUCCCAAUGGCGGGACCGACCAACCAGGCUGUCCACUGACAAUAUUUUCUGGAUUGCAGUAUUUUAAAUGUGACCACCAGAGGUCUGUUUUCCUGUUCCUGUCCUCCCUGACACAGAGCUGCAAUAUCACCACAUACCCGUGCAACUCAUACAGGAACUACAGGAACGGCAAAUGCACCAGCUGUGAAUCCUUCUGGCCCAAGCCAUGCCCCAUCCUUGGUUAUUAUGCCUAUGAGUGGAAAAGCUCUUUAACACAACAGAGCCAUCCAGUGACAAGUAUGUUUUUCGACACAGCGGACAAAGAGCCAUUUUGCAUCUAUCACUACUUGGUGGAUAUUGUCACAUGGAACAAAAACACCAGGAGAGGCACCCUCAGCAUCAUGCUAGCUGAUGAAGAUGGGAGGAAGGCAGAAUCAAAAGUUAAUCCAGAAGCUGCCACCUUCCAGCAGUACAAACAAAUCACUUUGCUCAUUGGGUUUGACCAGGAUCUUGAAAAUGUGGAAAGAAUUUCCUUGACAUUUUCCACGGGAUCUGUCAUUGGUCCAAAAUUCAAACUCAGGAUUCUCCAAAUGAGGUUCCACUCACUGACAAACCCAGAAAGACCCCAGCUGUGCCGAUACGACCUGGUCCUGACUGAGAACACCCAGAAAACCUUCAAGCCCAUCCCGUGCUGAAGAAGGAGCCGAGUCCCGAGGCCGCUGCGCCCGGACGGGGCAGAGACAUUUCCCCGCCGUGUGGGGACAGAGCGGGCGGGCCCGGCGCCUUCCGCGGGGACCGGGCUGGGGGGUGGCAAUAAAACCAUGGCGGCACAUCACUUUAAACGUGUCUUUACAAGGGGGGUUUAAAGCGACGGUUCCAAGCGGGGGUUUAAGGC